AGUAAAAAAUGAGUAAUGCAAGCAUAGCAUAUAUCAUCAUGUGAUUGUGAUUGGGAAGCCAAAUCCAAAUCCAAAUCCAAAAAAAGUGUAGCGUUGAUUUUCAUUCUUUCAUUAUUUAUCAAUAAUACAAUUCUCAAUCUUCACUCCACUUCCAAACUUGAAACACAAACACAGUCAACAAUUUUCAUUCAUUCCGUAUUAUUAUCAUCAUGGGACAAAUCUUAAACAAGUUUCAAGGUGAAGAAUGGAGGAAAACGCAAGUUAGGAAGAUAACAGAUCGAGUUUUUCAGAAAGUAAGGAAUCAAAUUAAAACAGAAUAUUUGAGUUUUGAAGAUCUGUAUAUUGCUGUUUUACUUGUUUACAAUGAUAUCAACAAGAUUAUUCCUGGUCCCCAUUUCGAUCCUCCGUCAAAAGAAACUGUCAGACAAAUCAUGCAGGAAUGUGAUAUGAACUUGGAUGGAGCAAUUGAUCAUGAAGAAUUUGUUGAUUUCAUGCAGAAAAUCACAGCUGAUACAUUCACUGUUGUUAGUCAAAAACUUAUCAUCACUCUAGUUGUAGCGCCGUCUGUUGCAAUGGCGACAAAAAGAGCUACCGAAGGUGUCCCUGGUGUUGGAAAAGUGGUGCAAAAGCUACCAAAUGCAAUUUAUGCAUCCCUUGUUACCCUUGCAGUUGUGUGGUUCCAAAAGAUACAAGAUGAAUCUACAAUCUGAGUAGCAGUACCAUCAUUGUUCAUCAUUUCUCAUAAGCAGAAUCAUAGAAUUAUUAUUAUCCUGAUUGUACAUAGUAUUGCCACUGAUUGCAUUAGAUACAAAAUUGCUGUCAUAAAUAACAAUGGUUGUGUUUGGUAUUUUGAACAGAAUAUUUACUCUUUAUUUCUGUCAUAUGUUAUGCAUGUGAUGAUAUAAAAGUUCAUGACAAAAUAAUGAUGAUGAUGAUGAUGA